CCUGAUUUAUCGCAUUCUAACUUCGAUCCUAUCCGAGGCACAGAAGCCAUGGACCUGAAAACGAAAAAUCUAUUGACUAUGAGGCUAUUGCAGAAUGUGGUUGCGCGACCUGGAGGUAUUGCAACUGGUGGAAGAAAAGAGAAUAGUGGCUAUUGUUUCGCACUGCGAAAGGAGUUUGCUCAGACGUGUGUACCUUUGAAGUCGCAAGCGGAAUGCAACGG